ACAUACAUUUGUUUAUCAACUGUAUCAGCUCAGUACAAUUGCGACGCUUACAAAAGACAGUUGUUUAUCACUGAGUCUGUGAAAUGGGUGAAUUAAAUACUGUGAAUUCGGUCGACGAAGUUUUGCAACCGACGAGAGCGUCUUUAAGAAGUGUUAAAGAGGAUGUUAUGAAAGAAAAAGUGGAUAGAAACAGUUGGGGUUAUGUGGUCGGAUUUGGAACGAUUAUAACCUUUAUUGCUGGUAUUGGGCAUGUAAACUCCUUUGGAUUAAUUUAUAAUGAUUUUAUUAAUGAGACAAAAUCUACGGCUAAGUCGUUGACUUCUGCACAUGGAGUAUUCGCUAUCAUGCUGGCUAUUGGAGGUAUAAUACUCAACAUUAUUGCAAAGAAAUAUUCGCUAAGAACAGGAGGGUUGAUAGGAGCAGUAUUAUUGUGUUCAGGAUCAUUCAGCACCAUUUUUAUAACGAACACCAACCAACUACCGAUAACAUUUGGAGUCUUCCAAGGGAUUGGUUUCGGCAUAAUGGUGCCAGUUUGCUACUCGACCUUGAACUAUUACUUCGUGAGGAAAAGAACAACAGUGAUGAGCAUUUGUAAGGCCAUACAGGGGGUGUUACUGAUGUGGUAUCCACAACUUAUCAAGAAGAUAAUGUCAGUUUAUGGCUUCAGAGAAACCUUAUUCCUUUUAGCUGGAAUGUCCCUACACACCUUUCCAGGAAUGCUAGCAAUGAUCACUGACACGAAAAAACCAAGAAACAUAAUAAGAACAGCAAAUGAUCUAGAAAAUGGGAAACAAUGUGAGAAUGAAGAUUUAUUACUUUCUAAAGACAAUGGGGAUUUGAAGGAAGAUCGUAAUAAAAGUGUAAUGGUUCUGGAGAAAAUUAGGCAGAAGGUUGUAGAAAUAUUGAACUUCAAAAUAUUGAAAGAUGCCGUCUACUGCAAUAUCUGUCUUGGACAAAGUUUCGUCAACUUUUCCGAUCUCACUUUCUUCAUACUGCAACCGAUGCUGUUGUUUCAAUAUGGAUAUGAUAGGACGCAAGUAGCGAUGUGUAUCUCUAUCUGCGCGGCUGCAGACGUCGGUGGAAGGUUUGCCCUGGCCAUCAUCAGCAGCAUUUUCCAUAUCAACACAAGAAUACUGUUCUACUUAGCAACACUCCUCACCUUCCUUAUCAGAUUGCUCAUGUUACAGAUCACCCAGUUCGUCUGGAUGGCGACAGUCACUGGUGCUUUAGGAGUUCUCAGAGCCUGGCUGCAUGUAGCCAGUCCACUGCUAGUUUCCAAUCAUGUGUCUCAUGAAGACUUUCCUGGAGCUUACGCAGUAUACAUGCUUGCAGCUGGCACUGUCAAUGUUACUUUUUCACCAAUAAUAGGAUUAUUGAAAGAUGUUUACCAAGACUACGUUCCAGCGUUCUAUGCUUUAACUUUGUGCUGUAUUCCUUGCCUCUUAUUCUGGCCUAUUGAGUAUGUUAUUAAAACGAAAUAAAUAUUCAGUAAUGUACCUAUAGAUUCUUUAUUCAAAUAUAUUUAGAUAAUAAUUGUAAAAUCAAUGUAUAUUUUGACGUUAAGUGUUACUAUGUUAAUAAUUGAACAAUAUUUGCGACAGUUGC